GCAGUGGUGGUGGAAGUUUUUGUGAAGAUCAACAUGGUCAUAACGCUGUUAAUUCUUUUUUUUAAAUUAAGGCUGUGUUUUGUUCUUAUUUUGUGUUUCACGCGGGGGGUUGUGCUUGUGCUAACAACGGCGAGCUUUGCUGGCAGCGGCUGGCUGGCGACCCGCGUGUCAGCAGCAGUGAAACACAAAACCUCCCAGAAAGCAGAUUCCGAGAAUCUAACAGCUUGAACCCAACUAACUCACUUUGUUUUCCAGGCUGAGCGUCAGUGCGUCAGAAGCCGCACAGCACAUUUGCCUCAGUCUUUAUGAGGAGUUUUGCUCAAUCCAGGUCACAUCAGACAUGGUUGCCCCGGCUGUGACCAUGGUCCAUCGUCUGGACCAAGGUCCAUGUUGUCCACAUCGUCCCCACCAGCCCCCCUUGGACCUAGGAGAGGAUCUUUCCUGCAUCACCGCCACCUUCCAGUAUUUACACACCUCAGGCUGGUACUGGGGCUCCAUCUCGGCGAGUCAGGCCCGGAGUACACUCCUGACAAAGUCGGAAGGCACCUUUCUGGUGCGGGACAGCAGUCACCCUCAGUACAUGCUGGCGCUGUCAGUGAUGACCCACUGCGGCCCGACCAGCGUCCGAAUAAAGUACAACAAGGGCGCCUUCUGGCUGGACUCCCUCAGUCCCGAGCUGCCUAACCUGCUGUCCUUUCCCGACGUCCUCAGCCUCAUACAGCACUACUCCCGCUCGGGACACACGCCGCAAGGCCCGGCGGCGUCCAUCGAGGACAAUCCCCUUUCUACAGGAAAAUCGGACGCCGCCCAGCGCCCUCCGGGUACUGAUGACAAUGGCGUGUUGCUGAAGCUGCUGCGGCCUCUUCACAGGCCGGACACUUUCCCGUGUUUGCAGCACCUGGCGCGGCUCGCCAUCAACAGAAAUACAAACUGUCCCGACCAGUUGCCGCUCCCAAACCCUCUCCUGGACUACUUGCAUGAUUACCCUUUCCACAUAUGAGGGUCUCAGAGGCAGAGGCAGGGAUACCCACUCAGGUCAGGUCAGGUCAGACUAAACCAAAAACUACUGUCACCCUCCACAAUGUUUUUGUUUUCAUUCCUUCAAUAUGAUUUCUUUGUUUUCACAUUAGGAAGAUCACACAACCCGAAUAAUUCUAAAAACCUUGUAUGGAAUUUUGAUUUUUGUUUCAUAAGACAUAAGGAAAAAUGGAAAAAAGUGUUUUCAGGACAUCAGUUCGUACUCUGUCCAUUCAAAAAAAGAAUGCCUAAGACUAAAAAAAUAAAAUGAAUCAUGGCCCACAUGAGAACUUUACCUUUGCGAACGCAUAGCGCAGACCUUCGUUUAUUACGCCUCAUACUUAGUUAUUUUUAUUUUACAGUGUAGGGUUGCAUGUUAUACAGGUACUAGUAUAGUACCGCGAUACUAUACUCGGUACUGUACGCGGUACUGUUUAGAGGCAGUACUACCGCCUCUAAACAGUACCGGUCCCUCCAGUCAUCGUCACGUCGUGUCAUUGAUGUUUUUACGAGCAGACGAGCAUGUUCGGCAGCGCACAAUCACAGAGUACUUACAAGCAGACACAAAAGGGAGAACGGACGCAUUUUGGCUUAAAAACUAAAGAUAAAGGUGAAGUCAUAACUGAAACGCCCUCAGGAAGAGGUGCUUUAAGACAUGGCUAGCUAGCUAGAAGUUAAAGUCCAUCCGCAGUGUGCAGUGUUGUAGCUACUUCUAAAUCACUAAUCCUCGCUUCGACAUAUAAAGUACGUUUCUUACAAGUAUCAUCCCUGCUGGACGAGGAAUAGCUAAACAUGUUUCACCACACACCGUAGCUCACCGGUGUCACAAUGUAAAAAAAUGCCAUGGGUGGAUCUACACCUAACAUCCACUGUAAUGAUACCAAGUACAGGAGCGUAUCAGGUCAAUACCACUAUGACUACAUCGAUAUUUUGUAGCAUCACAAAAUGUUUAUUUAUAUUAUGUUUAUAAACUCAGGAAAUAUGUCCCUGGACACAUGAGGACUUUGAAUAUGACCAAUGUAUGAUCCUGUAACUACUUGGUAUCGGAUUGAUACCUAAAUUUGUGGUAUAAUCCAAAACUAAUGUAAAGUAUCCAAACAACAGAAGAAUAAGUGAUUAUUACAUUUUAACAGAAGUGUAGAUAGAACAUGUUGAAACGGAAAAUAACCAGAUAUUAACAGUAAAUGAACAAGUAGAUUAAUAAUUAAUUUUCUACCACAUGUCCUUUAUAAUUUUGACAAAAUAAUAGAAUAUAAAUGACACAAUAUGUUACUGCAUACGUCAGCAGACUAAUUAGGAGCCUUUGUUUGUUUACUUACUGAUAAAAGAAAAUUGUCUUGUAUGUUCACUAUUUUAUUUAAGAACAAAAUUGCAAUAGGAAACAUAUGUUUAAUGUACCUUAAGAUGUUUUGUUAAAAUAAAGCCAUUUUUUGUGAUGCCUUUUAUUUAGAAAAGUAUCGAAAUACAUUUUGGUACCAGUACCAAAAUAUUGGUAACGGGACGACACUAAUACAGUGGUACCUCAGGUUAGCAGUUUAAUUGGCUCUGUUUGAGUUUGAGUUUGAGUUUAUUUCGAACAUGCAAGCAUACAACAUGAUACAUCACAAUUUCCAGUUUCUCUUUUAAACAUGUUCGAAAAGGAGUAGGAAGAAGCAGAGCUUAUUUAAUCCUACCCCUUUUCUUUACAUAACAGUUGCAAAACUUUUUGUUCACUUCCUGUUCACAAUUUUUUCACAAUAAACUCCAUAAGUAAUCACAAUAAAAAUAAAUAAAUAAAUAAUAGUAAGAAUUUAAUAAUAAUUGGUGAAGUAAGUCAUAUUUCUUGUAGUUUCCAUCAUAUAUUGUAAAAACUGGCAGAUGAUCACUAACGUCGGUUAUAAGUAGACCACUUGUAGUGUUAUUAUCAAAAUCAUUGGUAAAAAUAUUAUCAAUACGCGUGGCACAGUGUCCUGUGAUUCUGCUUGGCUUUGUGAUUUUAGGAUAUAGACUGAUGCUGUACAUUGUAUCAAUGAAGUCAUCAAUAGACUUUUGCUUGUUGGGGUUCAAUAAGUCAAUAUUAAAGUCACCACAUAAGAACAUUAUUCUUUGACCAUUGUCCAUGUAAGUUGCCUUGAUCCAUUCUUCAAAUGUUUCUAUACUUGACUUAGGUGAUCUAUAUAUACAACUGAUGAAUAUGUUUUUGCUUUUUUCCUGACAUAUUUCAAUGGUUAUACAUUCUAAGAUAUUAUCUAUAGCAAAUGACAUGUUUUUUUUACCACUUUGUAGUUCAGGUUCUUCAUCACGUACACAGCUACUCCUCCUCCAUUUUUGUUGGUUCUGUUGAUGUAGUUUAGUUCAUAUCCCUCCAGAUCAAAAUCUAUUCCUUUUUUGUCAUCAAUCCAUGUUUCUGUGACAGCAAUCACUUUGAAGGGUUCGUUGAUGUGUUCCAAAAAGUUCUUAAUGUUGUUGUAAUUUGCAUACAAGCUUCUACUAUUAAAAUGAAUAAUUGACCAUUUGUUAUCACAUUCAAUGUUGCUAUUGUAUUGAUCAUCUGUAUAAUAAAAACA